AUGUCGUCCACUGCCCGGCUCUCGACACCUGCUCACGAUGCCGAAGCCCGCCCAAGGAAUCGUCGUCUCGGCACGGCGGCAAACGAUGCCUCUGGCACUUCAUCCCCGAGGUCGAGCUCGCUGCUCAGGACAGCGAGCCACUCGCCGACCAGGGGUGCGAGCCCCAUCCCGGCGGCGCGAAUAGGUCCCCCAUCGAGGUCAUCGAGCAGGGCCGCACCCGCGCAAGCAUCAUACAAUGGCAACCCCUCAAGUCACGCCGGGAAGGGCUGGUUUGAUAGUUCAUGGUCUACAGGCUGGACCUCGGUCCAGGACCUCGCCACGUCGUUCCUGAGCGGUGAGACGCAUCGCGGGCCCAGCCCCAGGAGGCCAACAGUCAAGACGUCCGACAGCGCGUUGAGGAACAAGCAACGGAGUGCUUGGGGUCCAGAACCCCCCGAGACCCCUCGCCCGGGGAUCGACGAUGUCGCCGCAGGCACGCUGGCAGAGCGAGAGGCGGCGUACAAGGCCAGAAAGACGGCAAGCGUCUUGGAGAGCCACGAGGGUGUGAACGGAGGGCUAGAUGUUACGGGCAAGUUCAAAAGGCGGAAUUCUGACGAGGACCCCCGGACCACCCCGACCAACGCUGAGGUCCAGGACCAGUUGGUCUAUAUACACCAUGUCCAACCCAAUGAUACCUACGCAGGGGUCAUCCUGAAGUACAGGUGCCAAGAGGACGCAUUCAGGAAGGCCAAUGGAUUGUGGUCGAGGGACAACAUUCAGAUACGGAAGUGGUUGGCGCUGCCAGUGGAUGCAUGUGAGGUGAAAGGGAGGCCAUGCGACGGUCCGUCGUACUACUCCAAGGAUGUGGAUCUUCUCGCGACGACGCCAGGGACGACGACACCUGGGCCAUCUCCUCUGCGGAACUCGACGACACAGAACUCGUACAAUGACUUCUUUGCAGCAGGGCAGAAUGGGAAGGCGCAUGAGGAAUCCGCAGCAGAGGAGGAGAAGCCGUGGACUCAUGUGAGAUGGGCCAAACUCGACCACUGCACAGAGCCUGUGGAGAUUGCAAGGGUGUCUAGAAGGGCCAUGGGUUACUUCCCGCCAAGAAGGAAGAAGAGCGUGCGCACUACAUCUUCACUCAGCACGCCGAGGGCUUCUUUUGACGUGCCCAGCAUGGCCCUCGGCUCUGAUGUCGGCGACAGUGAAGGCGGCUUCUCGGAUCGCCGGCAGAGCAUGCUCGCCAACCGCCCCCAUAUUCCCUCGGCAUACGCCUCAUCAGCACCAACGCCAUCUCGGAGCAGGGUAGGCAGCGGCAAUGACGACCUCAGGCCAGCAUGGAUGAGGAGGCCCGGUGGCGUUGGUACACUGAGCAGGAAUGUGCGAGCGCCGGGUCCAGAAAAAGACUAUUUCAACACCUGGACGAGAAAGCACCUACCUAGUCUCAAUAUCGACACACUCCCAUCGAUGGCGAUCAUGGGAUCCGAGAGUGCCCACUUUGGUUUCAACAACGACGAGGGCGCUGCCAUCGUGGAAAGUCCCUUCGAGGAAGGCCGCGAUUUGACAUCUACGAGCAAGCAAGGCUCGGGGCUUGACAAGGCUGCUGCGGCCAUCGAGACGUGGCUGCGCGGCGCGUGGGCUAAGAGACCGAACACCCCUAUACUGGGGCCAAGCCGACCUCGAGGGGGAGAUGGGGACCUGAUCGAGCUUGAGGAUACCAAUAGCGAGGACGGGCGGAUAAGCGGCCUCCUAGACCAAGGCGAUUCGAGUCUGCUGAACUCGAACUACGGCUCGUCCGGUCGGAACGACGGGGAGAGCAGCAAGCUGGAUGCUCUGGUACUUACGAUGCCCAUCUGCAUAGAGUGUCGUCAUCCGGUCAAGACACUAUGGACGAAGUAUUCCGGCGCUGGUGACAAGUCGAGCGGCCACAACAUCCGCCUGACGGUCUGCAAGAACUGCGGCCGGUUCUGCGACAAAUAUGUCGAGCACGACUAUAUUGUCCUGUUUAUCGAUCUGGUCCUGAUCAAGCCACAGGUGUAUCGGCACCUGCUGCACAAUACGUUGAUGCGAGAUCGGGACCAGUUUGAUUACAUGUUCUUCUUGAUCCUCUGCACGGUCACCACCCUCGCCUUCCACCUCUCGAUCCGCUUCCUCACCUCCUCGCCCUACUCCCCCCUCGGCUUCCUCAACGUCCUUCCCCGGUACUCCCGCCCCAACUCCGUCUCAACCGCCCUCCUCGUGUCCAGCAGCACGAAGCUCUUCCCCAUCUUGAUGGUGAUCUGGGAGUAUGACGUCCCUGCCGCGGCACGAUCGCUCGGCUGGGCUGUGGUGGCGAACAAUGUGGAGGCCCUCAAGAUUCUUCUGGACUGUGGCUACGGCGUUGCGGCGCUGCUGACCACGGCAGGCGCCCUCAGCAGGUGGCUGGUAGGACGGGGGAUCUUAUGGGCCGCGGGCCUGGAUGGGGUGGACAGCCAAGGUGAAGGGAGCGUUGCGGAGGAGGGAAAGGCGCUCUGGGCGCUGAUCGUCUAUGUUAGAGACUGGGUGGGCCAGUUGGCCAUAUAA